AUGAGUGGACGCUCUCAAUCAAGCCAGGAUUUUAACGAUAGUCGAGUUCCCCCGCAACGUCGAUAUACUGAACAAGGGUACGAAGACUAUGGUAAAGUUUCUCACAGGUCAGACGUAGACGUUGACGAUGCAAUAGCACGUAUGGGAAACAUGAGGAUUAAAGAAGAUGGUCAAAUACGUUCAAACUCAGCACCAAUAUCUCCUAGGUUGAGAACUCCUGCAGUUAUUCCACAGAGAUCUACUUCGCCUCGACCUCGUCCAAAUCAAGAGCAAGUUCCUCCCCCUCCACAAUAUUCACAUCAAGUUCCUUCUUCACAAUACCCACAAUAUCAAGAACAGUUUCUUCCUCCCUCACAAUAUCAACAAUAUCAAGAGCAGACUCCCUUACAAUAUUCACAAUAUCAAGAACGGCCCUCACAAUAUUCACAAUAUCAAGGACAGGUUCAUUCUCCUCCUUCACAAUAUCUGCAACAUCCACAACAUACACAAUACCAAGAACGAGUUCUUCCUCACUCAUAUCAUCCACAGACACCUCCUCCUUCACAAUAUUCACAAUAUUCAAAACACCCACAGCAACAAGAGCCAAUGCAACAUCCGCAGCAUCAAGAAUCGAAGUCACCUCCUCCUUCACAAUUUUCACAAUAUUCAAAACACCCACAGCAACAAGAGCCAAUGCAACAUCCGCAGCAUCUAGAAUCGAAAUCACCUCCUCCACAACAUCCACAGCAACGAGAUUCGAUUCCUUCGCAACAUUCACAGAAUUCACAGCAACAAGAAUCAAUUCCUCCUCCUUCAGAAAAUCCACUGCAACAAUCAAUGUUGCCUCCUUCACAACACCCACAACAUCCGCAACAUCAAGAAUCAAUGCGUCCUUCUAGUCAAGAAACAAUGCCUCCUCCUUCACAACAUCCACAACAUCCACAACAUCCACAGCACCCACAACAUCUACAACACCCACAGCACCCACAAUAUUCACAACACCCACAACAUUCACAACACCCACAACAUUCACAACACCCACAACAUCCACAACACCCACAACAUCCACAACAUCCACAGCAUCAAGAAUCAAUGCCUCCUUCUAGUCAAGAAUCAAUGCCUCCUUCUUCACAACAACCACAACGUCAAGAAUUAAUGCCUCCUCCUUUACAACAUCCACAACGUCAAGGAUCAUUGCCGCCUCCUUCACAACAUCCACAACGUCAAGAAUCUAUACCUCCUCCUUUGCAACAUCCACAACGUCAAGAUUCAAUGUCUCCUCCCUCGCAACAUCCACAACGUCAAGAAUCAAUGCCUCCUCCGCAAUAUUUACAGAAUCAAGAAGAAGGUCAAAAUUUUGACCAUCAAGAUGGUGGUUAUUAUAAUUAUCCUCCUCAAGGUUAUUAUGUUCCCGAACAACAACAAUUCGAUCCAGCAAAUGGAUAUCCGGAAGAUGCUUACGGUUAUCCACCUCAACAGUACGAUUAUGAUCAAGGACCUCAAGGAUCUUAUGAUUAUCAACAAAGUGGGUACGUUUAUAAUCAAUAUCCACAAGAAUAUCCACCGAGUGAAGGAUAUUAUGGGGGUGAAAUUCCACCACAGGAGUAUUAUCAUGAACAACAACCAUACUAUGAUUCAUAUCCACCAGAAGGAGGAUAUCCGCAGGAUGAAUAUGGAGUCCAAACAUAUUAUGGUCAACAACCACCACCACCACUACAAUCACAACAAAUGGGUCAACCGCAGAGAGUAUAUUCGGAAAGUGGAAAUACGCAGAGUAACAGAACGUCAUCUUCUAAAGGACCAAAACAUUCAUAUACAUCAGAGGAAAUAGAUAGAUAUCGUCAAAAGGUUAAAACUAGUGGAGAUCCUGCUAGUUUGUUAGCCUUUGGUAAAUAUUUAAUCGAUGCUGCUGCCUCGGCAGAUGAAAAUGAACCUGACCCAAAAAAUGCCAAAAGGAAAAGAGAUAUGUUAUUACAAGAGGCAAUUAAAUUAAUAAAACGAUUAGCUACUCAAGGAUUGGGUUUUGGUAAACCUGCUUAUCCGGAAGCACAAUUUUAUUUGGCGAAUUGUUAUGGUAGUGGCGCAUUGGGAUUACCUAUGGAUAAAGAUAAAGCAUUUAGUUUAUACAUGCAAGCCUCAAAACAAAAUCAUCCAGCUGCAACAUAUCGAACUGCAGUAUGUUAUGAAUUAGCAUCAGGAACUAAACGAGAUCCACAUCGUUCUGCACAAUUUUAUAGAAAAGCAGCUGCGUUGGGUGACACUGCCGCAAUGUAUAAACUUGGAAUGAUAAUGUUAACUGAGGAAAAUAAAAAUCCUCGGGAAGCUAUUAUAUGGCUUAAACGUGCAGCCGCUAAUGCAGAUGAAGAAAAUCCACACGCAUUACAUGAAUUAGGAUUAUUACAUGCUAAACCCGAGAAAGAACCACCUGAAAUUCCUUCAUUAAUUAGAAGUGAGAAACAUGCUAUCGAAGAUUUUAAGAGGGCAGCAGAAUUAGGGUAUGCACCUUCUUGUUUCAAAUUGGGAGUUUGUUAUGAAUAUGGACAAUUGGGAUGUCCUGUUGAUCCACGUCAAUCCAUCAAAUAUUAUUCAAAAGCCGCUGAAAAAGGGGAUUGUAAUGCGGAGUUGGCAUUGUCCGGUUGGUAUUUGACAGGUUCGGAAGGUAUAUUGAGACAAUCCGAUACAGAAGCAUAUUUAUGGGCAUGUAAAGCAGCGGAUAAAGGUUUAGCAAAAGCAGAAUUUGCUAUGGGAUAUUAUGCAGAAGUAGGAAUUGGAGUCAAACAGGAUAUUAAUGAAGCCAGACGUUGGUACAUGCGUUCUGCAGCACAAGGGAAUAAGAGGGCAAUGCUUAGAUUAACAGAACUAAAGAAAUUAGGUAAUGCUAGUCGUGUAAAACCGACCAAACACACAAGAAAUCAAGCAAACAAAGAAGAUUGUAUUAUAUCAUAA